UCUCAGACUACGCCUACCUUUGCUACUUCCUAAGCGUGGUCCACAGACGCAGGCUUAAUAACCGCAUAAUAAGCUUCGUCAAUAUGGCUGUCAUUGGAAAGAUCUACGGCGGUGCCCCCGAGAGCCCCAAGGUUUGGAGGUCGCUCGCUGCCGCCAAGUACGCUGGUGUGGAGCUCGAAUUCGUCAGGGCUUCUCUUCGCGAUGGCGACUGCAGAAAGCCAGAGUACCUUGCCAAGUUCCCUAUGGGCAAGAUCCCUGCCUUCGAGGGCGCUGACGGCUUCCUUCUGACUGAGAGUCAGGCCAUUGCCCGCUAUGUUGCUUCGUACGCGAAGAACGCUAACCUACUCGGCGCCGACGAGAAGAGCAGCGCGCAAGUUCAGCAGUGGAGCUCCUGGGGCGACGAGGAGCUUUUCAACAAGGGCCUUACUAUUCUCCUGCCCAGCUUUGGAUUCGGGGCGUACAACAAGGAGGCGGAGGCUUCCGCAUGGGAGGCCAUUCACCGUUCUCUCACAUACCUCAACAACUACCUCAACAAGAACACCUUCCUUGUUGGCCACCGCGUUUCUCUCGCCGACCUCGUUGUUGCCGGAAACCUCAGAAUGCUCUUCACCUCCCUUGCGGGUGAGGGCGUUCGCAACAAAUACCCCAACGUAACACGCUACUUCAACACUGUGUUCGGCCAACCGACCAUCGUGGACAUUGUAUCCAAGGCCGAGCUCCUCAAGGAGAACUUCAAGUUCACUGCACCAAAGAAGGAGGCUGCCCCUGCUGCCGCUGCCGCUGCCGCCCCCGCUGCGGGCGCAUCUGCCAAGAAGUCAAAGUCGAAGAAGAAGGACGAUGACGAUGACGAUGAAGAACCCCUUGUUCCCGCCGAGCCAAAGGUCAAGAACCCGCUCGACGACCUCCCCAAAUCACCUUUCAUCCUUGACGAGUGGAAGCGCGUCUACUCAAACCAGGACACCCGCAAGGAGGCCCUCCCGUGGUUCUUCCAGAACUUCGACUACGACGGAUACUCAGUCUGGCGGUUUGACUUCAAGUACAACGAGGAGCUCACCCAGAUCUUCAUGUCUGCAAACCAAAUUGGCGGCUUCUUCAACCGUCUUGAGGCGUCCCGCAAGUACGUCAUGGGUACUGCCGGUGUCUUCGGCAAGGCCAACGACGGUGCCAUCGCCGGUGUCGUCAUCUGCCGUGGCAAGGAGUACCAGCCCGUCCUUGGCGUCGCCCCGGACCUGGAGAGCUACUCCGUCUCGCCUCUUGACCUCAAGAAGGACGAGGACAAGAAGUUCUUUGAGGACAUGCUCGCUUGGGAGGCCUCCGUUAACGGCAAGGAGUGGGCAGACGGCAAGAUCCUCAAGUAAAGUAACGUGCGGCCUUCGCGUUUCCAUCUAGCGGAUUUUGCGCUUUACACCUUGGAUUUUUUAGCUUCGUAAUGACAAUUGAACCGCAUCUGUUCAUUGAUUUACUUGAUCCCCAGCAUGUCUUCGUACCACUUAAGCUCUUCUACCAAUGCUCUCUUCUGGUUCUCUGCCUGGCGGAAGCCGUGCCCUUCCCCCUCAAAGAGGAUGUAUUUGACCUUGCACUUGUUCUUUUC